AUGUACCUCAUGCGUGGCAUUGCCCGCGUAUCUCUACCCCGCUACUCUCGCCGGUCACUCAGACUUGCUACCUUCUCUUCAUACUCCCGCAACAUGGAUCAAAGCGUCAAGCAACACUACCUGGCUGACUCCCCCCCUUCGGUGGUUAGGCUGGAGAUCAAGACUCAUUUUGACACGCUCAAGGAUCAGAACCUCCGUAAAUAUGCACACUUCAUGAGCAGAGCUGCCUUCGAGGGCACCCGUGUCACUCUGCGCCAGGUCUCUCCCGAAUCCGAACCUAUCUAUGACCUGAUCAUUUCACUUUACCAUGCUUCCAACGGCGAUUGGAAUGCUCUGGCUCAAAAGACACAAGUGAGCGCUGAGGACCUCCGUUUCUUCCUCGAAUAUGCCGGUCAAUUCUUGGGCAACUGCGGAAACUACAAGGGCUUCGGUGAUUCCAAAUUCAUUCCCCGACUCUCGCCAUCCGCCUUCGAAGCUCUAGCCUCCGCUACCGCAGACACAAAGGCCGCCUUCCAAAAGGCCAACACCACUGGAGGCGGUAUCUACGAGACCAGCGAACAGUCCAUGAUGCACCUUGGAUAUCCCAAGAGCGGCCACAUGACCACAUAUUAUCCCGACUCGCCGACAAUUACACAGGAAGAAAUUACGGCAAUUGGCGAUUUGAUGGAAAAGAAAGGGCUCGCCCUGGAAAACACCAGACUUCGGAAGACCGCCUCUGGCGACUUUGAACUUUUGAUCGCAUCUGGCGUUUCUUCCCCGCCCGUCAAAGAUCGAGAUCUUGGUGAGGUGGAUACUUUCCAGCUUGAUGGUGACUUGAGCGGGAAGACACUUCGUCUGGUGUUCGGUGAUCACCAAGAGGAAAUGGCAAAGAUUGCCCAUUCUAUUAAACAAGCUGGACUUGUUUCUGCGAACGAUAAGCAAAAGCGCAUGCUGGAUGCGUAUGCGCUUUCUUUCGGCGCCGGCUCUAUUGAGGCAUUCAAGGAGAGCCAACGCAUUUGGGUUCAGGACCAGAAGCCGGCUCUUGAAACAAACAUUGGUUUUGUUGAAACUUACAGAGAUCCCCAUGGCGUGCGAGGAGAGUGGGAGGGUUUUGUUGCUUUGGUCAAUCUCGAGCGUACUCGUGCUUUUGGCACAUUGGUGGAUAGUGCCGAGAGUAUGAUCCCCAAGCUCCCGUGGGGUAACGACUUCGAAAAGGACAAGUUCCUUAGCCCCGACUUUACUUCAUUGGAGGUUCUGAGCUUUGGUUGCUCCGGUCUCCCUGCGGGAAUCAACCUGCCGAACUAUGAUGACAUCCGCCAAAACCUAGGAUUCAAGAAUGUGUCUCUUGGCAAUGUCUUGAGCGCCAAGGCUCCCAAUGAAGCCAUUCCCUUCAUUGCGGAACGUGACCAGGAAGUUUACCGUGGAUUCCGCGACCCAGCCUUCGAGGUCCAGGUCGGUAUUCACGAGCUUCUUGGCCACGGCACCGGUAAGCUUUUGCAAGAAACUGCACCCGGAGAGUAUAACUUCGAUGUGAAGAACCCGCCCAUCAGCCCUGUCACUAACAAGCCUGUAUCGACUUGGUACAAGCCUGGACAAACAUGGAGCUCUGUCUUCGGCUCAAUUGCUUCGUCAUACGAGGAGUGCCGCGCCGAGUGUGUGGCCAUGGUGCUCGGCUGUGACUUUGGCAUCUUGAAGAUCUUUGGCUUCGGUGAUGGGAAGGAAGACCUAGCUGGUGAAGCUGGUGAUGUUCUCUUCGCGGCAUACUUGUCCAUGGCUCGUGCCGGUCUGGUGGCUCUCGAAUUCUGGGACCCCAAGACCCAUAAGUGGGGCCAGGCUCACAUGCAGGCCCGCUACAGUAUUCUGCGUACCUUCCUUGAUGCUGGUGAUGACUUUGUCAAGCUGUCAUAUAGCAAGGAAGAUCUCUCUGAUCUCGAGAUUCACCUUGAUCGGUCGAAGAUCCUGACUCACGGACGUCCUGCUGUGGAGAAGUACCUUCAGAAGCUGCACGUGUACAAGAGUACCGCAGACAUUGAGGCUGGUAAGGGGCUGUACGAUGACAUUACAUCUGUUGACAGCUGGUGGGGAACCACUGUCCGUGAUGUUGUUCUGAAGAACAAGGUCCCUCGCAAGGUGUUUGUUCAGGCCAACACUAUCCUUGAGGGUGACCAGGUCAGUCUGAAGGAGUAUGAGCCUACCCUUGAGGGCUUGAUUCAAAGCUUUGCUGAGCGCAAGGCAACCUACACCACGGUGUCGCGAGAAACGCCGCCGUCGGUUCCAUCAAUCACGGCGUGUACGCCCCGUUCAACCGACUCUCCAGACGACGACGAUUACGCCGCACCUCCACUACCCCCUGCCUCAGCUUCAAGCUCCUCCGCACACCCCCCGCCUUUCUCAUCCCUCUUCUUUGCGCCCUCGCCGGACUCCAAUCGCGCAUACAAAGUUACUGAACCCGGGCCCGCUUGUCCCCCCGCUUUAGCGCCCCCGGCACCUGUCGAGGAGCCCCUCGAGCCGGCCAGUUCUUCAGCGGUCGUUGCUGACACCAAGGCCUCGUUCUCGGAACCCAAAAACGAAGGUUCUUCCGACGACAGUGAACCUCCUCCCCCAUAUACAGAAGGAUAUAGCCCGCUCGAGUCAUUCACCUACGUAAUGGCUGCUGCAGGAGGUGCUUCGAGUAUCAUUACUCAGGUCUCCCAAACUGGGGGACCUCCAAUCAACACCUUAGGGGACAUUGGUGGUGAUGAAAACAUUUGCCUUGAGCUCCGGAACACUCGGUUUACCUUGUCUCGAGAUGAGCUUCUAACCUUGCCGGAGUUCGUACUCCUAUCUUUAUUCCCCAAUGGUUUGCUUCCCGACGGUCAUGCAACCACCAAUGGUUUCCAUGACGGGGAUGUCUACCCCGUUGACUAUGAUCCAGCGGCUCUCCAGUAUAUGCUGGAUUUCUUCCGGAACGUGGCUCAGACGAUCCCCUCAUCUCUGCCUUCCGGUUCUACUUCGCCAGAUGCGGAAAUAGCGGAUGCAAUGCAAGGUUCCGCCCGUGAUAUGUUGCAAGACCGCGCUGGGAUCAUUGUCCUCCGGGAGGACCUUGACUUCUACGUCAUUCCUCCGCGUUCGGACAUCGGCCAUGACGAGAUGCUUGAAGUCAAGCGUGCAGCUGGCCGGUCACUUUUGAAGCAAGACGGUAUCUUCUCGGGGCUGAGAAAGAGCGAGGAAAUUGGAUCAACCGAGCAACAUUUGAUCGAGAUGUUGACCGCCGGUGGUUUUGACCGUGAAGAUCAAUGGGGCCACCGGGCCUCCGAGCCCAACAAGGCAGUCAUUUGCAGUCUUGCCUUGGCCAAACUCCGCACUGAUAUCCGGGGAGACCUGUCGAACAACAAUGCUGUUGGCAUGGCCCAAAAACUUCUGCUCUUCUGGCGCAAGCCUGCCCGCCGCUGCUGGUGGGAGGGCAUUGAGCUGAACGACGUGGAGGGGGUCGAAGGGCAGGUCAAGGUCUGGAUUCGACGUGUGUGGACUUUGGAGAUGAGCGUGAUUGGUCUCCGGUAA